AUGAAGAUGGCCUCGCCGGAUGAGGCUGAUGCUGUAACAGGGGUGUUAUGGAACCUGAACGAGUGUCCGGUUCCCCGUGACGUUGAUGCUCGUAUGGUCGGUCCAUGUAUUAAACGAUUUGUUGAGUCUUAUGGCUAUAUGGGACCUCUCACCAUCACUGCCAUUGGCGUACUAACAGACUUUCCCGAUAGCAUCCUUAGAGGACUCUAUUCAGGUGGAAUCAAUCUUAGUCACUUCCCCGCAGGUUACAUGAAAAUCAGUAAUCAUAUUACUCUAUUUACCGAGAUGAACCCACCUCGCGCUAAUAUCAUUUGGAUAUCUGAUCCGGACCCUGGUCUUGCUACAACUUCGUUCAGCCCUUCUCAUCAUAUUCGAUCGCGAAAUGGCUUCUGGAAGCCGCAUCAUCAGAUUCUGAGGAGGAAGCAGAAACAGUUGAUUCUGCCUACUGGGAGUGCUUUGUAUGCAACCGUGAUCCUCCUGCCAAAGAUGUUGGACUGGUUGAACACACCGGAAUGUUUUUAUGCUCCUCCCUCUCCCCUUAAUUCUCGUUCUCGUUCUCGUUCUCCUCUCAAGGAUGUUUCUUUCAUGUCCCUGUCCCUGCCACCAACUGAGCCUCCUGAGAUAGACCAUCAGGCUGUAACAUGCGUGUUUUGGGACAUCAACAAGUGCCCAGUUCCCCGUGACGUUGAUGCUCGUCUUGUCUGUCCCUCUAUCAAACGGUUUUUGGAGACUUCAGGCUACUCUGGUCCUGUCACCAUCAAUGCUGUUGGCGUACUAACAGACGUCCCUAUUGACAUCCUGAGAGGAGUCUGUUCCAGUGGAAUCGCUCUUGUGAACGUCCCUCACGGUUCCACAGACAUUCUGGUACUUAGGUCUGAGUUUACCAAGAAUAAUCCACCUCCAGCUAAUUUUGUGAUCAUAUCCGAUCAGGACUCUUACUUCCAACCAUUGCCUAGAUACGGCCAGUUCUUGCUACCUUCGCUUCCGACAGAUGUAGGAGAACUCGAUGACGGUAAGUGCAGUGAAACGGGUGAAUGUUCCUGCCAUGUUUGCUCAGGUGGCUACCCUGGUCUUUCCUUCCAAAGCUUUGACAAUUUCGCCACGCAUCUCUCUAGUAGAGCACAUCAACGCAAGAUGCUGGACUGGGUACCUAGGAGUGUUCGAGUUUCACGCCAACUCACGACGUGA